UUUGGAGCGUCAAUGUUCAUAUUUCUAAUGGAAAACCUACGAUUUCUAUUAAAAAAGCUCUAAAGUUCAUUGUUAUUGUUGGACUCGUCGAAGCUCUACUUUCUUUGUCGGAAUUAUUAUAAUUGAAGAAGCAAUGAUGAUUAUUUGGAACUUAUUUAAGGGUUGGGACUAUUUAAAAAACGAAAUCCAUAUGUUUCUUUGGGCUAGGGGUACUACUCUUAGAAACACAUUUCAUCUUCACAAAUAACUAAUAAGAUCAUUCCUUUCAAUUUUCCUGCCGUUUUGGUUUUUAUGGAGAAUCUUGUGCUUAAGGCUAAAUCUGCAUAGCUACAACAGUGAUGAAUGAAUAUUUCUCAUUUUCUUCACGAACUCCAACUCUGCACCAGACGCCAAUCGGCAUCAGCCGCCGGAAAACUCCAUUCUCAGAUCAUCAAAGCCGGUUUCGAAAAAUCGGGCCCUCUCCCAAACACCCUUUUGGAUGUAUAUGGCAAAUGCGGUCUCAUUCCACAAGCCCUCCAACUGUUCGACGAAAUGCCCCAAAGAGACCAUGUCUCCUGGGCCUCGAUUCUCACUGCCCAUAACCAAGCCAUUCUUCCCCGACGGACCCUUUCAAUGCUAAAUACCAUGUUUACGCUUGAUGGGUUGCAGCCUGAUCACUUUGUCUUCGCCUGUAUUGUCAGGGCCUGCGCCAGUUUGGGGUAUUUGCGGCUAGGUAAGCAAGUUCAUGCUCGGUUUAUGCUGUCUUCUUUUUGUGAUGACGAGGUUGUUAAGUCGUCUUUGAUUGAUAUGUAUGCUAAAUGUGCGCAACCCGAUGAUGCUCGUGCCGUUUUUGAUUCCAUAUUGUUUAAGAAUUCAGUUUCUUGGACUGCUAUGAUUUCUGGGUAUGCUAGAAGUGGGAGGAAAUGUGAGGCUAUUGAGCUUUUUCAGCGAGUUCCUAUGAGAAACUUGUUCUCUUGGACUGCUUUGAUUUCGGGGUUGAUUCAAAGUGGGAAUGGAAUUUACUCUUUUUCUUUGUUUAAUGAGAUGAGAAGAGAAGGAAUUGAUAUUGUAGACCCUUUAGUUCUUUCAAGUGUUGUUGGAGCUUGUGCAAAUUUGGCUCUUCUGGAGCUUGGAAAGCAAAUUCAUGGCUUGGUUAUAGCUCUUGGCUUUGAGUCUUGUUUGUAUAUAAGCAAUGCGUUCGUGGAUAUGUAUGCUAAAUGUAGUGACUUAUUAGCAGCUAAGGAUAUCUUUUACAGAAUGCCACGAAAGGAUGUGAUUUCUUGGACUUCAAUCAUAGUUGGGACUGCUCAACAUGGCAAAGCAGAAGAGGCAUUAACCUUAUAUGAUGAGAUGGUUCUUUCCAGAGUAAAGCCAAAUGAAGUGACUUUCAUUGGAUUACUUUAUGCUUGCAGUCACGUCGGCCUAGUUAGUAGAGGUCGCGAAUUAUUUAGGUCUAUGACAAUUGAUUAUAGGAUCAAUCCUUCUCUCCAGCACUACACAUGUUUAUUGGAUCUCCUGAGUCGCUCCGGACACCUUGAUGAGGCAGAGAAUCUACUCAAUGAAAUGCCAUUUAAACCUGAUGAGCCUACUUGGGCAUCGUUGUUGAGUGCAUGCAAGCGGCAUAAUAAUUUGAAAAUGGGAGUUCGAAUUGCUGAUCAUGUGUUGGAUUUAAAACCUGAAGAUCCUUCGACCUACAUACUCUUGUCAAACGUUUACGCUGGAGCUGAAAUGUGGGAAAGUGUUUCAAAGGUGAGAAAGUUGAUGAGUUCUAUGGAAGUAAGAAAGGAACCAGGUUAUAGUAGCAUUGACUUUGGAAAGGAGAGCCAAGUAUUUCAUGCUGGGGAGAGUUGUCAUCUUAUGAAGGAUGAGAUUUUCAAUCUACUGAAGGAUUUAGAUGCAGAAAUGAGAAGAAGAGGCUAUGUUCCUAACACUAGUUUUGUUUUGCAUGACAUGGAGCCACAAGAAAAGGAAAAGCAGCUCUUUUGGCAUAGUGAGAGGUUGGCUGUGGCUUAUGGACUUCUCAAGGCUGUUCCUGGGACGAUUAUUCGAAUCGUGAAAAAUCUUCGCAUUUGUGGAGAUUGUCAUAAUGUUUUGAAAUUCAUUAGUGAUAUAAAGCAAAGAGAAAUCGUGGUCCGUGAUGCCACGAGAUAUCAUCAUUUCAAGGAAGGAAAAUGUUCUUGCAAUGAUUUUUGGUGACUGUAUGGGUAAUUUUGCGGGAUCCUCUUCUACUUAUCUUGAAAAUUCUUUGGCCAAAAAGGUAUGAAGUGGUGAAGUUCUUAAUAGCACUUUUACGUAUUCUGUGUGUGUGUUUUUUUAAGAAGAUAAUGCAUCUCCUUCCAAUGUAUUAGAAGAGGGGAGGAUGGGGGGUUCCCAAUCCAAAUAAGUAUUUUCUUGUUUGUGGUCUCAUAGCCUUGUUUUAAAAGUCAAAAGUACAAUACCACAUCCUACCCAUAUCAUAUAUGUGGGGUAAUAUUUUUUUUUUUGUUUUUUUUGUAACUUAUAAAGUGAAGAUGGUACUCUUAUCUUUUGGUCAA